AAAAUGGCGGUUGGGACGGAGUGCGGGGGGGUGGGGCGAGAAGUGGAGCAGUCUGGCUCGGUUCCGCCCCGCCCUACCAGGAAUCAGGGAGCCGGUGUCUUUUCCGAACCCUUCUCCUUCUGCGCUCCCGGCCCUGCUGGCUGUGUGCCGGGCUGGGGAGAAAGUGUGACCCGUUCGAUGGAACAAAGGACCUCGCACCCUAGGCGCCGGCGCGGCCACUGCGGAGCAUUAGGAACGUUUCCUAAAAUGGCGGCCGGCGCGUGGGGACGGGGCGGGAGGCGGCGGCGCGCGGGGGCGGGACAGGGAGGGGCGCCGCGGGCUGGGCUGCAGCUCUGGUGGCCCAGGCCGCGCAGGGCUGGUGGAGGCGCGGAGUCGUCCCCAUGGCCGCCGUGCCGGAGCCCGACGAGCCCGCGAAGCGGAAGCCCUUUAAACUCCUAGGAAUUUUAGACGUUGAAAAUAUUCCCUGUGCCCGGGAUUCAAUACUAUAUGGUUCAUUAGGAUCUGUUGUGGCUGGCUUUGGACAUUUUUUGUUAACUAGUAGAAUUAGAAGAUCAUGUGAUGUUGGAGUAGGAGGAUUUAUCUUGGUGACUUUGGGAUGCUGGUUUCAUUGUAGGUAUAAUUAUGCAAAGCAAAAAAUCCAGCAAAGAAUUACCAGACAAGGAAUGAAAAAUAAGUUACUAUAUGAAGGUACCCACCUCGAUCCUGAAAGAAAACAAAACAACGGUAACAGCAGCAAUUGAACAACCUUGAGCAUAGAAAACCAGACUCCCUGAAGUCAGUGUGAAUGCAGCUAAGAUCAACCACAUAGAACAUUUCAUGUACAAUAAGCUGUCAAUCAAGUAAAUAAAGUUUGUUUAAGUUGUAGUCAUUUUUUUCCCACACUGUAUGGAAUGAAAACUUGGCAAUUAUUCUGGCCCUGUAUCUACUGCCAGUAUCGGAUUAUUACAUCUUACAAAACGUGAACAGAAUCUAUUGGCAGUGAGGCCAAUAAAAACCUAGUGUUAAAAAAAAGCCCUAGUGUUUAAUGUACUUGGAAAGAGUUUCCUUGUAAUAAGUUCGGAGUUUAAUGAUAAGUAAACUUCCCUUAACAAAAACCUCAGCCUUAUUAGGAUCCCAUUAAAAGCAAGCGAAUACUUACUGGCUUCUUGUAGCAGCUAAUGUCCUCACAAGAUUCAAAACUAAGGGAUUUUAUCACUUUGCAAAUCACUUUUUAAAUGUAUUCGUCAUUUGACAGUGUUUUCUCAUUUCUUAGAAUUUGAGUCAUCUUCCCAAAGAGUUGUUUUUCACUGCCCUAAACAUUUUUUGGGAGGUAUUCAGGGUUUUAAUUUUUAAGUAUAAUUAGUUUAGUUCUGAAUUUAAAUACGCACAUGGAACUUGUUUGGGAGACUGAUGGAAUAGAAAAAGUAUUGCAGAAUUAAUUCUUCUUAAUGUAAACAAUCCAUUUGAGUCAAUCAGCUGCUCCCAUUAAAAUAUUACUUAAAUUACAAGAAUAGCCUCAGCAUCCAACUAAAUCCUCAGUAUUUAUUCAUCCAGGAGAAACUCUCCCUUUCUAGGAAAAUGAAGUUAUUUCUGGUUUUAAUCAGUACACUAAGAAAAUCUAUUAAUAACACAACACAAGCUAGAUCCUUAAGAAAUGCUUACAAGAAAUACUGGGAGGAAGAUACCUGCAGUCAACAGGAUUGUGGCAUUACUGGUCCUAUUAUUUUGAUGUAUCAUAGAAGUCAGAAACAGCGAGGAAGGAAAUUAUAUUUUGAUCUAUGUAUUUUUCUAAAGAAAAGUGGAGCUUGCUCCAGUUCAACUCACAAGAGCAUUUUCCCUCCCAUGCCCACCUUUUCUUGCAGCUGUCGCUAGAAGGGUUGUGACGCAGAGGAUGUGUGGUUUAUCAAACACACAGAGGGAGAAGUUUGACUGAUUCACAAAAAGGAAAAGACAGUUUGCCCACUCUUAGUGGCACAAAGCAAACUUGCAUGCAGUCUAUAUUAUCCAAAUUGGUCAUAACCAAAUAACUUUAAAAAAUUCCACUGGGCGUGGUGGCUCACGCCUGUAAUCCCAACACGUUGGGAGUCCAAGGCAGGUGGAUCACCUGAGGUCAGGAGUUCAAGACCAGCCUGGCCAAUAUGACAAAACCAUUCUAAAAAUACAAAAAUUUUAUUUUUAGAAGAGACAAGGUUUCGCCAUGGUGGUGCAUGCCUAUAGUCCCAGCUACUUGGGAGGGCAGACACGCAAGAAUCUCUUGAACCCGGGGGUCGGAGGUUGCAGUGAGCGGAGAUUGCACCAUUGCACUCCAGCUUGGGUAACAGAGUGAGACUCUGUCUUAAAAGAAAAAAAAUUUAUAUACAUUCUCCCAUAUACUUUAAAUCAUCUCUAGAUUGCUUACAAUGCUAUGUAAAUAUGGUUAUUUUACCAUGUGUUUUUAAACUUCUCUUGUUACAGUUAUUUUUUGGCUUUUAACCUCCAGUAUUUUCAACCUACAGUUGGUUGAAUCCAAGGAUGAGGAACUGGAGGACAUGGAGGGCUGAUGCCUGACAUAUAUAACGUAUAACAGGUCCCUUCCAGUGCUAGCAUGCUGCAGUGACAUCUUACCCUGAAUAAGAGAGAAGCUCUCUUGGCUGGCAAAAUUUCCAGUGCCUUCACCAAUAACAAGGUUAGCUCAUUUUCACAGCAGAAGUUUGCAUAAACUGGAAACCUGGAUGAAAACAAAGUUGUAACACAUUUGGUUGGAUUAUAAAUGUUUCAGGUAUUUACAUGAUCACUAGUAAUUUUUAUUCUUGUGCUAUUAAGGUUUUACAAAGUGUAUUCAUACAUUUACUGAAGUCUGUAACACCCACCCUCAAUAAAACUGUUAAGACAG